CAAAUAAAAGAACUUUUGGUUUCGAUUUCACAUUUAUCACAAAGACUGAUUUUAAUCAUAUAACAUCGAAAUUUCAUGCAUUCGUAUUGUGAUUUAAACUGGAUAUACGGAUUAUUUAUAUUGAAUUUAAAUCUGGAAUAUUUCUCAUCUAAAUUGAUUUCAAUAUAUAUGCUCCAGACAUUUAAAUCUAUUUGUUAAAGUUAUGUGUGUGUAAUCAUGGCGUCCGGUGAAAUUAAUGCAAAAGUGAUUAUAUUAUAUGACAGUGAAGGCGCAAACGAAACGUCUAAAAAAGAGGCAGACAAUUUGAGGUUUUUUAUUGAAAAGAAUGGUGGAUACACAUGUCAGACUGACGAUAAAAUAAUGAUAGCUGGAACCGAAGAUAUUAAAACCUUUCACAAUUCAAUUAAUCAUAAUGACAGAAUAAUAAUUCUUAUAACUGAUCAAUCUGUAACUGAUAAAUCUGUAAACCAAAAGGAUGGUUCGCUUGCAGAUCUGUCUGCAUUAGUAAAAAAUAUGGUGGAAAAUCACAUGAUACUUUUGGUCGCAUACAAAGGAAAUCGACGUGAAGAUAUUGGGUUCCUAAAAACCGGGUUGCUGUCGUUGACGCCCAAGACUUUUAUCGACCUCAAUAAAUGGCAGGGAUAUCAAAAGCUUCUCAAACAACUAAAAAGGAAUUCAUUUUUUGCAGACAGCCCGGGUUCGAAGAAAGAGGGCUAUACGUAUGACGUUUUUCUAAUGCACGUUACAGAGGAUAAAAAAAUCACGGAAACAAUUUACAACGUCCUGACGGAAGCCGGACUUAUUUGCGCCGCAGAUUUCGGCGACGGCAAAUGUUUUCCCUUUGGGCGACCGGUAAGCGAAAGCAUACGUCGUCUGGUGAGAGAAAGCCGCACAUCCGUUCUUGUUUUGACGAAAACCGCUGUUGAAAGCCCCUGGAUAAACUUGGAGACAAUCCACGCCCUGGAGGAGUCCAAAUACCGGGGAAAUCAGCUGGUGUUUCGACUGCUGUUGAUUGACGUCGAUGAAGACGAAGUUCCAGCUCUCAAGGUGGGGUGUCUUGAGAGACUUCCCCAUUUCAUCGCGAAAUUCAGCGAAGAUGGCUGGGAGAAAAAGCUGUUGGAUAGCCUGAACGAGCCUCUUCAAGUUUGUGACGUCCUUCCCGUCGGCAGUUUGGCCCAUGGGCUCGUUUACAGUCACUUCACAGGAUUGCUGUCUUACAUGCUUCCUACUAAACUCAGGGAGGAAAUUACAAAAUGGGAUAGGUAUGAAGAGUAUAAAGAUAAAACAUGUACAAACUUCAACAUGCUCGUGCCGAAGUCAUGUAAACUUAGUGAUUCGCUUAGUGGAAAGGACGAUAAAUCUGGCAUUGAAAUAAAACAUGAAACAGAUCUUAAAUUUUCUACUGAUCACAUGGGGAAGCCAAGAGUUUUUACCAUUUCGAUGUACAGAAUAUCAAGAGGCAGUGAGUUUUAUUUCUUCUACGCGGAUAUGCCCUUCGUUUUGAACUGUGUGUACGAGCUUAAAGAAAAGAAUCUUGCGGAAGGCGUGGACACAAACCUUCAGUGUCAGCGCUUCAAGCACACGUACAACACUCUUGUCAACCAUCAAGAAUUUGGGCGGAGACUUAACAACCCACUGAGAAUGCUCGAAUACGAUGAUGGGCAAACCAACCGCUUCGAGGUUCUCUUCGAAGCUGUAAAGAACAGUGUUAAUGGCCCUGAUGGAGAAGUCGUUGCAAAUACCACUGUCACACAACCUUCCAAAAGCACUGUCGCACAGGCCGACCAAGUCAUUGAUGGGGUGUAUGUUACCUGCACAGAUGACAAAGAGGACAGGAAAAUCGGAUCAGACAUCGUUGACUAUUUAAGCUCUAAGAACAUCAUGGCGUUCACCGACAGCAGAGAUGUGGGGCCAGGGGCAACUAUGAGCGAAAAUUACAACUGGUACGUGUUUGUCAUAUCCAAGAAGAGUUUGAAAGACACGGCAUUCUGCUUCAAAAUUACUCAGAUUCUCGAAGACAGCGUUCACAAAAAUACGACCAAAUUGAUUCCCGUCCUUCACAAAGUCGAUAUCAAGAUGGUUCCUGACUUAAUCAGAUGGGUCACCAUGCUUUGUACGAGCGAUUCCAAAUUUUGUGAUCACAUCUACCAGACGGUGAUUGGCGGCCCCGUGACAAUGGUUGAGAAGAUGCCAUGCGGCGAUGUGGUCACCGGGCUAUGUUGGGCCUACCUUAUCAACUACAUGAAAAUGGCUUUGUUCCUGCGCACGCCAGACAACGAAGGUAGUCUUGACUUCAGAGGUCGCAUCAAGGCGUUCCUUCUUAACAAUAACCUUUUGUGUGGUUGUCUUGACAAAGUGUACAUCCUUUGGCCCAGCUCUUGUAUGAUUACGGACGCAAUUGAAAUAGUUGCAAAUAAAAACUCACCUGACGAAAGAAUAGUGAAGCUGGGUUCUCUGCCACCGGUUUAUGCAAAUACUGGCGGACAGCGGAACCGGCCAUUCACAUUCAGUGUGUACAAGCAUACACGACCACACACCAAACAGAGCACAUGUUUCAUCGCGGAAUAUUGCACCCCGAUGGGAUGUUUGUACCAGAUGGGCACAAAGUACGGGUUCGCGGGGAUAAAUAAGGAAGAUCUAUAUUCACAAGGCCAGAACUUUAUGAAGGCCUUUGAAUCGUUCACGUCCUUGCCUGCGGUUAAGGAGCAGCUUGGAGACUUCCAGAAACACACACAGUUUAUGUACUAUGAUGAUUCCAAGAAGCCCUUGAUCGAGGUUAUCGAAGAACGGUUAAGCCAGGAGAAAAAAACUCAGUGUUCGCAGAGGAUUGUCUUGUGUUAACGCGUUAAAAUUAUGUUUCAUUUUCAUAUCCUACAAUAUAAGAACACUUCUAUCUAUCAAACAUUAUAUUGAGGCUGUUACAUUUUUGUUAAUGAUUUUAAGACGGCAUUUGAGAGGGUAUAAAUUAGCUUCGUUAUUUUGUUAUGUCGGUAUGUCCACGUAAACUAUUAAAAAAGGAUAAAUUUAACACGUUUAAAACCUUGCUAUAAUAACCUUAACAGUUAUAAGCACAAUGAUUCACGCGAAAAGCUUUUUAUUUGACCAAAUGUUUUAAUAAAUGUCAUGGGCAUUGUUGUUGGUGGGUUUUAAAUUAAUAUGUCCUCCUUUAUUUGCAUUAUAUAUUUACUGUGUGAGUGGAAGUGUAUAUUCAAUCAUUUUAUGUAUGUGUUGUAUUUACUCUUUUAUUGACAUUUUUGUGAACAUUGUUCGGAAUGUGGGAAAGCGGCUUUUUAGUUUGCCAGUUCAUUCAUUCAACACUAGGUAUGCUAGUUACUUCUUUUUGAAGCAGUAAUGGCUAAAUGUAGACAAAGGUUUUACUACAUUGCGUGGGCCGUUGUAAGUCGAUUAUGGCUUGUAUUUUAACCAUUGUCCCUUUUGGUAGGCUAUUUAUUGAUAGAAACAAGAAUGUGUUUCCUGAUA